AUGAUAUCUUCCAUGUCAAGUCAAGUUGCCGAUUUGAAGAUGAUUUUAAGUACUUCAUCAAGAUUGAGUUCAACUUUUCGACCUAUUGCUAGAGUUGAUGUUGCUUCCAGUAACUCCGAUACUUCAUCUACAGACUCUGAUUUCACAUUUCCUGCCUCUGGUCCAAAUUCAGAUGCUUCCUCUAAGCCAGGCCAUUAUCCACUUGUUGUUCAGGAUGUCACUGGAGAGGAUGGAUCAGGAUCUGAAAGUGAAAGGGAGGGUUCAUUUGAUGAUUACUUCUAGCUAGUAACACUUGUAUUUCUUCAAUAUGGCUUAAAUUUUCAUUUCCUCUCAUCUCUUUAUAUGUAGAAACAAGGUGUUAAGACAGUGAAAAAGCCUGGAAAAGAAGAGAUAGCAUGUGGGGGAAUACCAUUACCAUUGUUUAGACAUGUUCACUCCAUUGGUUAUGCAUGUUUACUCCAUAUGUAACAUAUCCCACACAUCAAUUUGUAGAUACACAGUUUAUAUUAGCAUCAUGUAGAUCACUCAGGUAGAGAAGGUAGCAUAAGAGCUCGUUGAUUAGUGUUUCACCCUUUUGACUCUUAUUUAAUGUGAAACAAAUAGAAUAUUAGAGUAACAAUUUUGUAUAUAUU